AUGACAGCGCUGGCAGGAGGCUUACCGAGGAUGAUGAGACCCAGCCCGCACCAGAACUACCCCCGGGGAGGGUACUCUCUGGAAGUCUCCACUCCUUUGGGCCAGGGUCGGGUCAACCAGCUCGGCGGAGUCUUCAUCAACGGCAGGCCUCUCCCCAACCACAUCCGACAUAAAAUCGUGGAGAUGGCCCAUCACGGCAUCCGUCCGUGUGUCAUCUCCCGUCAGCUGCGGGUGUCCCACGGCUGCGUGUCCAAGAUCCUGUGCCGGUACCAGGAGACCGGGUCCAUCCGGCCCGGGGCCAUCGGAGGCAGCAAGCCGAAGCAAACCGCGUCUCCAGAGGUUGAUAAGAAAAUCGAAGAGUACAAAAGAGAGAAUCCGGGAAUGUUCAGCUGGGAAAUCAGAGACAAGCUGCUGAAAGACGGAAUCUGCGACAGGAACAACGUUCCUUCAGUGAGCGCCAUCAGCCGCAUCAUGCGCUCCAAAUUCGGCGGAGUUGGAGACGACGAGGAGGAGGAGGAGGAUGAAGUGGUGAAGAGGGCCAUGGAGGAAAACGAACCGCGGACCAAACACAGCAUCGAUGGCAUCCUGGGAGACAGAUCCAGCCACUCGGACGAGGGCUCGGACGUGGACUCCGAGCCGGGCCUGCCGCUGAAGAGGAAGCAGCGCCGCAGCCGCACCACCUUCACGGCCGAGCAGCUGGAGGAGCUGGAGAGGGCCUUCGAGCGCACACACUACCCCGACAUCUACACCCGGGAGGAGCUGGCUCAGCGCGCCAAGCUGACCGAGGCCCGGGUUCAGGUGUGGUUCAGCAACAGAAGAGCCCGCUGGAGGAAACAAGCAGGAGCCAAUCAGCUGAUGGCGUUCAACCACCUGAUUCCGGGUGGAUUUCCUCCGUCGGCGAUGCCGGGCUUGCAGCCCUACCAGCUGUCAGAGAGCCCCUACCCCCCCACAUCUAUCGCUCAAGCCUCUGAGCAGCCCAGUACCGUCCACCGACCGCAGCCUCUGCCGCCCACCUCCGUGCACCAGAGCGGGCUCGGCUCGGCGGCGGCCCCCCAGGACGGAGGCUCGCCGUACUGCCUGUCCUCCGGACGGCACGGCUUCUCCGGGUACUCCGACGGCUUUGUGGCCCCGGCGGGACACGGCAACUCGGUCAACCCCGCCAUCAGCAACAGCCUCUCUCCGCAGGUGAUGGGUCUCCUGAACCCCGGCGGAGUGCCUCAUCAGUCCCAGAGCGACUUCGCCCUGUCCCCUCUGACCGGAGGCCUGGAGCCCAGCGGAGGCAUGGCGGCCAGCUGCCACGGCUCGCAGCGCCUGGAGGCUCUGCCGGGCCUGACCAGCAUGCCGGCUCUGCCCAGCAGCCAGUCGUACUGCCCCCCGUCCUACACCUCCCCGGCCUACGCCGUGGACCACCACCCGUCCUACCAGUACGGACAGUACAGCCAGAGCAAGGUGCCUUUCAUUAUAUGAAUCCCCCCCUAAAGAAGAAGCUGAUCCGGCCGCUCCGACGUUCAUUCCA